GCGCGGGCAGGAGCGAGUGCAGGAGGAGGAGCCGCGCAAGGAGCCGGUUUGAAGUUCGCUCCUUCGCCGCCAGCCGGGUGCGCCGCGCCACAUUGGCCCUCUCCGUUCAUUUGCAUUGACGCCAGUAAAGGCUGGAGGUCAGCGCUGGCGGGGGCUUUUAUUGGCUGCGACGCGGCGGAGCCUACCGGGGCUGUCAAACUCCCGGGCAGAUCUUCUUCUCUCUCCCCCCCCCCCCCUACCUCACCCUCUUUCCUCCCUCCUUUUCUUCUUCUUCUUUUUUGGAGGUGUUGGGUUCUUACGGGAGGGAGCGUGAUGAAAAGAGGGAGAUCGUGCAAGCCGGGAAGCCUCGCUCGCUACUAGGGAGGAGAAGGCGAGGCGAGUGCGCGACUGGGCUGCGGAAUCGGCGGCAGCUGCAAAGAUUUCGCCGGGAGCGCCGCCGAGAGAAGCAGCAGAAGAAGAAAAAAGAAGAGGCUACCAGCCCCCACGCGCCUGGGAUUUUUCAAAAAAAUAUAUAUUAGGAAAAGAACCCCCUCCGCUUCCCCCUCGCCAUUUUAAUUCAUUCCACGCAGAUCGGAACUCCCCGCUCUCCUUUUUUUGCUUUCAUUUUUCACUCCUCUUUUUUUUAAGGGGGGGGGCCGCACUCCGUUUUGGCGCAGAAUAAAAGCCACAUUUCAAAAAACACAACCAAAAUGGAAACGGAGGAGGAGACGUCGGCUACCGGCUGGAAAAUCUCGGGUUUUUUUUCUUUCUUGUGAAAAACUUAACCUCUGUGUUUGUUACAAUUCUUGCUGCUCUUCUGGGGGAAGGGAAGAGAAGAGGAAGACGGAGAAAUCCUCGCUCCUCUCCUGGGCUUGACCCUGCCCCUGCUCCCCCCCCAGGCCCUGCGCGCCUUCUCCCCAAGGGUGCAGUUAUUGAGAUGCUCUCCAUUUCUACGGGUCUUCUUUUGCACCGGCGCUCGUGCCUUGGGUUGAUGCGCUCCGUUUGCAAGCUUCCCUCUCCCCUUUUUUUGGGGUGUGUGUGCUUGGGAUAAACGGGGUCCUCAGUGCCCCUUGAAUGGAAGGCCGUUGCUGGGUUCUUUUUUAACCCUAACCUUCCAGGAAGAAGAGUUAGCCCGGAAGAGAAGCCCUUUUCGAAGAAAAGAGGGGAAGUAACGUGUGAAUGUCCGCAACGCGUUUCCAGGUUUUCAAGCGCAGCUCUUGCGAAAGAGGUGCUGGAGGAAGAGGAGGGGGAGGCGUUUGGCUAGGAAUAUGAAUUUGAUGAACGCUUCAUGAGGUUCCCACGAUAACACCAGAGGGGGCUUUAUUCGCCCCCACCCCCCGUCCGGGAAGCCCCACUUGGGAACUGAUUUAUUUUAAUAUUUUGGGUGGAAGGCAGUAUCCGACCCACUUCUGGGGGUCUUGGAGGCGGGGGGAGGGGCUUGGCGUGUGGAAGGGUAGGGCUGGGGGGAGUGCCCCCUCCUACUUCGAUGUGAUUUGCAAUACACUAGAAAUACAAACGUGUGGGGGGGGGAAUACUUUUUUUUUGGAGGUGCUAAGGAGGGGGCCGAGAAUUAGUACAUUCUGGCAUGGAUCAGGCUUCUAAUUAAACCAGGAAGACGGGGGGGCUGGGGAUUUCCCCCAAUUUUCUUUCUCUCUGCCCCCCCUCUUUCAACUGACUUUUUUGUGGUGGUGGUGGGGGUUGUCAGUUAAACUCUCCUCCCUCCAGUCCUGCUCUUUAACCCACUUUCUGAGAUUGAGAUCAUCAAGACAACCAGUUUUGUAGGGUUAAAAGGAAGAUUAGGGGGAGAAAGGGGAGGGGGGGAGAAAGCCCCUCCGCGCGUUCCCCACCCCAAUUUCUCAGCCGCCGCCAGCCAUGCGCCUUUGGGUUUGGGGUUUCUGCCUAAGGAACAGCUGACGAUGUGGAGUGAAGCCGUGGAUCAGGAACCAGAUACAAACUAUUAAGAGAAAGGAGACGCCAAGGAGCCAGUUUUCCCAAGAGGAAAGAAAAAAAAGGAGACGAGGUAAUCUUGAGCACUAGCGGCUUGAAAGCGCCACCAUGGGCUGCGCUCCCAGCAUCCACAUCUCAGAAAGCAGGGUGGUUUAUCACAGUAACAAAGAGACGGAGGACUCGAACUCGUCGCAGCAGCAGCAGCAGCAGCAAGGCAACCCUGUCUCUGGAUUAUUCAUUAAAUCUUCCAACACCUCCACGUACAAGUUGAGGACUAAUCCUUCCAAGAAAGACAAGCAGGACAGCAUGGAGGGGGAGUCUCGGACCAGCAGAUCCAGUGUUAAGGCAGCGGGAACAGAUGUGCAGUUUGGGCCUAUGAGACUCCACCAAGAUCAACUUCAGGUACUUCUAGUGUUUGCCAAAGAAGACAACCAGAGUAAUGGAUUCUGCUGGGCAUGUGAGAAAGCUGGAUUUCGGUGUAACAUUGCCAGGACGCCAGAAUCUGCCCUCGAGUGCUUUCUGGAGAAACACCAUGAAAUCAUCAUUAUUGAUCAUAGGCAUUCAAGAUACUUUGAUGCAGAAGCUCUAUGCAGGUCCAUUAGAACAAGAAAGCCGUCCGAAAACACUGUUAUCAUUGGUGUAGUGAGGAGGCAUGCAGAUCGUGAAGAAUCCUCAAUAUUACCCUUCAUUUCUGCUGGCUUCACGAGGAGAUACGUAGAAAAUCCCAACAUCAUGGCCUGUUACAACGAACUCAUUCAGUUGGAAUUUGGAGAAGUGCGGGCACAAUUCAAACUAAGGGCUUGUAAUUCAAUCUUUACAGCGUUAGAGAAAAGUCAGGAAGCCAUUGAGAUUACAAGUGAAGACCAUGUAAUACAGUACGUAAAUCCUGCGUUUGAAACCGUGAUGGGCUAUCAGAAGGGCGAAUUAAUAGGAAAGGAACUAACAGAAGUGCCUCCAAAUGAAAAAAAAGCUGAUUUCCUUGACACUCUUAAUUCUUGCAUCAAGAUAGAAAAGGAAUGGCAAGGAACCUACUACACUAAGAAGAAAAAUGGAGAGAGUAUACAACAAAAUGUGAAGAUCAUACCUGUCAUUGGACAGGGAGGAAAAAUUAGACACUAUGUGUCACUUAGUAGACCAUGCAAUGACAACAGUAAGGCUGAAAGGGUCUGUGAACGUGUCCAAGCUGAGUCCCAGACAGAUAUACAGAGCUGCAGGCACAAAGACAGGAGGAAAGGCUCUUUAGAUGUCAGAUCAACCACUUCUCGGGGCAGUGAUGGCAGUUCACAGAGAAGGCAUUCCUCUAUGGCCAGAAUACAUUCCAUGACUAUUGAAGCACCCAUUACCAAGGUAAUAAAUAUUAUCAAUGCUGCACAAGAAAGUAGCCCCAUGCCAGUGGCCGAAGCCUUAGAUCGAGUUCUUGAGAUCCUGCGGACCACUGAAUUGUAUUCUCCACAACUUGGGACGAAAGAUGAAGACCCACAUACGAGUGACCUUGUUGGAGGUUUGAUGACAGAUGGCCUACGAAGAUUAUCAGGGAAUGAGUAUAUAUUAUCAGCAAAACAAACUCAUCAGGUCCCAGGCAGCUUAAUUUCGCCCAUCUCCCUUAAUGACAUACCACCACGGAUAGCAGAAGCAAUGGAAAAUGAGGAAUACUGGGACUUCAACAUCUUUGAAUUGGAAGCAGCAACCCAUAAAAGGCCUUUAGUUUACCUUGGUCUCAAAAUGUUUGCCCGCUUUCGGAUCUGCGAGUUCCUCAAUUGCUCAGAGUCGACUCUGCGAUCGUGGCUGCAAGUCAUCGAAGCCAACUAUCAUUCGUCCAACUCCUACCACAACUCGACUCACUCUGCUGAUGUGCUGCACGCCACGGCCUAUUUCCUUUCCAAGGAAAGGGUCAAACAAACCUUGGAUCCCAUUGAUGAAGUUGCUGCUCUGAUUGCUGCCACUGUUCAUGACGUGGAUCAUCCCGGCCGAACAAAUUCCUUCCUGUGCAAUGCAGGAAGUGAGCUGGCCAUUUUGUACAACGAUACGGCAGUGUUGGAGAGCCACCAUGCCGCCUUGGCCUUCCAGAUCACCACGCGGGACGAUAAAUGCAAUAUUUUUAAAAACAUGGAGAGGAAUGAAUACCGAACCCUCCGGCAGGCCAUUAUCGACAUGGUCCUAGCCACAGAAAUGACCAAGCACUUUGAGCACGUCAACAAGUUUGUCAACAGCAUCAACAAGCCGCUGGCAGCGCUCGAAGAGAACGGGGGUGCAAACGGAGAUAGCGAUUCCAUCAAAACCGUCCUCACGUCUCCCGAAAACCGGAUCCUGAUCAAACGCAUGCUAAUUAAGUGUGCUGAUGUUUCCAAUCCCUGUCGGCCCCUGGAACAGUGUGUCGAGUGGGCAGGCCGCAUCUCUGAGGAAUAUUUUGCACAGACAGAUGACGAGAAAAGGCAAGGAUUGCCUGUUGUGAUGCCUGUUUUUGACCGGAAUACUUGUAGCAUCCCCAAAUCUCAAAUAUCCUUCAUUGAUUAUUUCAUCACCGACAUGUUUGACGCUUGGGAUGCCUUUGCAGACCUUCCAAAUCUGAUGCAGCAUCUAGACAACAACUUCAAAUACUGGAAGGGGCUGGAUGACAGGAAGCUACGGACCCUCCGACCGCCCCCCGAAUAGCAACCGGGCCUCUUGGUGGUGUGAACAUUGCCCAUCUGGAGGCGUCCCUACAAACUUGCAUUUUCAGAUUAGUUUUGGUCUCUUCAGUAUUACAGCAAGGCCUUCCUGUACACAGCUUUGGAGAACUUGGGCGUUCUAAGAAUGUCUUGAGGUCAGCAGUGGACUCUUGGCAACCUCCCACCUAGGGGACUCUGUGUUGAGUGAGCCUUUCAAGUUGAAUUACACUGGACUGCUGCGAUGCCUGUACUGAAGAGGGUUUGAAAGCGAACCUUUUUUUUGGUUUUGUCUCAUUUUGGGCAUUCUCUACAUGCCAGAUUUCCAAAGCUUGAAGAUAGCCUCCUCCUUAUAAAAGAGACAAUUUUAACACAUUAAUUGGAUCUACAAAUGAAGGCAGACAUCUCCACCGGUGGUGAUGUCUCAACAGUUAUGAGGAUAGUUUUUAAUGAGCACUUAAAGGAGGAGGGGGAAACCCAGUUGCAUUGAACAUUAUUUGACAUGCAAACCCUUUAUGAAGGAUUUUUUUGGGGGGGUCUUCUGAGAAAUGGACAUAGCUCUAUUUUUUCACAUCGCAGAAGGCGCAAUCAUUCACUUCUGAGCACUACUGAGAGCCAGGUCUCUUUAAAAUGAAUUUAGUAGCAAAUGUAAACAAACGAACCCACCCGACCUGCAAAUCUUUUGAAGCUGAUCGUUAGACAUCUUUGAUUAAAAUAUGUUUUAUUUAUUUUGUUAGAUGUUCAAUAUUUUCUAUGAAUUUAUAAAGACUUUAAAAGCCAAAGCCAACUUUAGAUGCAUUACAGAUUUACAUGAUUCAUACUCGUUACGCAUUUUAUUUUCAUAAUGCAAAACGCCGUACAAUGAGGAUACAUUUUUAUUGCACUGUAAGGAUAGGUGUGUAUGUUGAAAUAUUGUUCAGUUUUAUGUUAAUUAAAAUAAGUUUUUAUCAAAGGUCUCAUUGGAGAGCCGUCAAGCAAAAUGAAAAAUUCUCUCUGCAUGCCUGGAGAGUCCCUCUUAAGUGGGACGUAGUUCUGCUCAGAGAAAAAUAGAAAAGGCUGCAGAGCUAUGUGUGUAUCAGAGUUGGUGAAUCGUGGACCAGGAUCACAGAUUGGAGAAAGCAAAGAGAGACCACCGCACUGGAGAGGGGUUCAGAUAAAUGCCUGUGAGGCAUGGGUGGAGCACGGUGGGUGCAGUGGGUGCCGUUCUCCCUGGGUGUCACCUCCGAAGGGGGUGACAAAAUGCUUUGCUGCACUCUGCGUCUGUGAGAGAUGCUGUGGCUUUGGCGCACGCAGGCUUCCCGCUGCAAAAACAGUCCGCCCGCCGGCUCCCCCUCAGCUGUAGGGCGGCAGGCAGACUUGUUGCAAGGCACGGGAUCUCUGCAAAAAGAAGCACAACAACAACAACAACAACUCCAGCUCCCCCCAAAAAGCUCAACAACUCUCCCAGUACGUUUCCGAGCACAAUUCAAUGUGUUGGUGCUGACCUUCAAAGCCCUAAACGGCCUCAGUCCAGUAUACCUGAAGGAGCAUCUCCAGCCCCAUUGUUCAGCCGGGACUACA